UAUGCUGAUUCUGGAGAAAUAUUAUGUUUUCAUCACUAUCUCCUUUCGGUUGCAGUUUUUGAUAAUACGGGAAAAAGUGAUAAAAGUGAAAUGUUUUUGGGCAAUUAGAGUAUAAUUUUGAAUGAAAGUGGAACCAAUGCAGCUCAAAACGGUUGUGCUGGAAGAAAUCUGUUAAUUUGGAUGUGAAAAAUCGUGGGAUGUAAGCUAAAAGUGCUAAACAGGGAAUUUUGCCAACCGGAGGGUGGAUUUUCACAUCUCUACUUUUCUCUUUGAUUGCUUAGGCUUUUUUGUUUGAAAGUUCGUUGAUUGAGUUUUUUGUGUGAAAAAGUUAAGGGAAAGCCAAAACGCAUAUAAAGUGAUUUGAAAAAUGUUAAAUGUGCUAACUCAAAUAAUUAAUUUAAUAAUCUUAAUAUUCCUCGAUUAAAUUUUAUAGAGAAAGUAGUUGUUGGCAAAAUGUGUAAUGAAAGGAUUCGUGGCAUUUAUAAGUGAAUCAUAUGCGGUGCUGCUAAAGAAAAAAGUGAAAUAAAAUCUAAUAAAAAUAAUUAAAAUAAUCAACGAAUAGGGAAUUAAAAUUACAAAUCCAGUCAGUUUCCGCCGCAGAUGCGUUGGUGCAGUUCAUUAAAAGUUUGGAAGUUGGAAACAUAAAGCGGCUGCACAAAAGAAAACGGCUGCCAGGCAAAAACGUCCACUCGAAGGCAGCAAUAUCUGGCAGUGGAAGGGCGCAGAAAGCCACUAGCCUGACUAGCAACUGCUGCUGCGUGAAUGAUAUCGCCAACAACGACAAGCCCUUCUCGCUGCCGCUCUGCCACCUACUCUUUAAGUAUCCGGUAAAUCCUGUUUUCCUGGAGUGCAUUGCUGCGCUCCAGUUGCGCUCCACUUGACUUUCGCCGCAAAAAUUCUGCACAAAUUGGGUAAAAUGUCGACGCGUUCCCAGUUGACGAAGGAUUUAAACGAGGGCGUUAAAUCCAUACUGGGCCGUCACACAAAAAUUCUGGUCAAGUAUAUGGUUAAAUUGGAGACGAAAGGUGACAAAACCGAAAAUCGCGUCUUGGUUUUCACGCCAGUUCGUAUAUAUUUGUUAAUCGCAAAGGUGCCCACGAAGAUCGAAUGCCAUUUCCACUACUUGGACAUACAGGCGGUGGAAAGUAAAAAAUCCACACACUUCUCGAUCAUCACAAAUGAUCGUCCAUAUUCAUUUGCAACGAGCUUUGAUGCGGGAAGCUUCAGUGCGAACGCUGAUGCUAUACUCAGCGAUUUGGCAUCGGCAAUUAAGCACAUUUUUCCAACAGUUCCUCUCAAGUACAUCAUACGAAGGAUCGACAUACAACCACCUGAACGGGAGGUUGUAUUUUCCGAGGAGUUUCGUCCGACAGAUCCGCGUAGUGUUAGCCCAUGUGGCGGUUUUAGCACACAAUAUGCCUGUAUGUGUGAUUUUCAUGGGGUGCCCUACAGGGAGGAAGUCGCAUGGGAUAUUGAUACGAUUUAUCUGUCGCAUGAUACACGCGUGCUGAAUUUACGUGAUUUCGAUCAUUUGGAACCAAAAGACUUAAUGGCCAUUGUGUCCGCAUUGGAAUAUAAUACAUUUUUUCGCGGUCUAAAAGCAUCACAUAUGCGCCUCUCUACCGAGACUUUAGAACGUAUACUACACGUGCUCAAGCGUUCAAUGUGGCUGGAAGAGCUGCAUUUGGAAGCAUUAGGUUUAAGAUCGGAUUUUUUGCAUAAAUUAGCUGUAUCUGUGAUUACAAACAACAAUCCCGCAAUACGUACGAUCGAUUUGAGUCAUAAUUUAAUAGAGGAUAAAGGAGCAAGCUCAUUGUGCGCCCUACUUGGAAAAAUUGUGCAAGGUGCUAUUCACCUGGCCGGUCCCAUUGCCAAAGUAUCGAAAGGUCUGUGCAAAUUGGCGCUCGCACAUUGUGGUCUCACAUCGAAGGGCGUGAAUCAGAUGUCACAUUCGUUAUCGCUGAAUCAAAGUAUUUCCAAUUCGCUCACGUAUUUAGAUUUAAGUGGCAAUAGUCUCAAGGAUGAUAUAACAAAUUUACAUAAUUUUCUGGCACAGCCUAAUGUUUUGGAACAUUUGGAUCUCUCAUCGACUGAUAUAACCUUGGAGAAUUUAUUUGGUGCCCUUUUACGCGGUUGUGCAACGCAUUUAGCCCAUUUAAAUGUUUCACAUAAUUCCUUCAGCACAAAGAAAGGCAAAGAGAUACCGCCAUCAUUCAAACAAUUCUUUACCAGUACAUUAAGUUUAAAGCAUUUAAAUAUUGCCGGUUGUAAACUGCCAAUGGAGGCGCUCAAAAAUUUGUUACUUGGUUUGGCAUGCAACGAGUCCACAGCUGGGCUGUACUUAGAUUUAAGUAGCAACACAUUAGGAGCACAGGGCGCGCACGUUUUGGAGUCAUGUAUACAUGGUGUACGGGUUCUACAAAGUUUAGACAUAAGUGACAAUAAUUUGGAUGCCGAAUUAGCUCCGGUUUUAACAGCGAUUUCGAAGAACCCUUCAAUACGCACCCUUUACAUGACACGAAGUUUGACAGGCAUGAAAUUGAAACAUAUUCCCACUGUCAUGGAUGCGUUAGUGAAUCUGAUACAAAAAGAUGAUUUUCCACUGGCGGAAUUGGUGAUCUCGGAAAAUAAAUUGAAAAACGAUAUACACGAUUUCAUUAAUGCACUUGGGAGCAAUCAAAGUCUGCAGAAAUUAGACAUUAGUGGCAAUUAUAUGGGUGACGUUGGUGCGCGCUUGCUCGCCAAAGCUUUACAAAUCAACAAUAAACUGCGCACAAUUUACAUGGAUAAAAAUAGUAUAACACUACAAGGUUAUGCUGAUAUAGUCUAUGCUUUAGAAAACAAUCAUAGCAUGCGUACAAUACAAUAUCCAGUGUUUGAUAUUACGCCACAUAUGAAAAAUCAUCCAGAAAAAACUGAUGCGAUUAUGCGUAAAAUGCAGGAGCUAUUGCAACGCAAUUGCAAUGGCCUAAAACGAACUAAUGGGCAAGGUUUCCGCCUACAACAUGGUUUCAUGCUAUCAUCAACACAUCAACUGGUCGAUAAACUGGUAGCCGAAACGCAGGAUAACAUCUCGGUGGCAAAGGGUAGUGAUUCAUCGGCAGUUCAACGACUUAUUGACGAUGCAGAAAAUUGCAAACAGCUGAUGCCGAAAUUGCAAGAGGCAGUACGCUGCGAAUCGCAUCCGGUCGAAAUAAAACUGACGCGUAUCGCCAGUGAUCUCAGUUACACCAUACAGGGUUAUCUCGAAGAGACGUUGGAAACGAUGUUGCGCACUGCCGUGGAACAGUGUCCUAAAACAUUGGGCAGUCAAAUAGUCGUGCAAGAUUUACGUAAAGCGCUGAGUGAACGACUACAGAUACCAGAAGAUUUUCUACAGAGUUGCUUGCUGAGUAAUGCCGGUAGUGAGAUCAUGAACAAAGUGGGUGAAAUUGAACAAUCCUUGGCGGCGUCAAUCUCUGAUCGCGCCACCGAUGAGGUGCUGGAGGCGCUUACGCGCUAUCGACGCGGCUUGGGCAUUGCCGAGUCACCAUCCGUGCUACUCGAUGAGCCGCAAACACCUGAUAUCGUGCGCAGCCGUUCGAGUCAUGAUGGUGAAGGCAUCAUAAUGCGAGCCGGACGUAGUUCAGUUUUGCCCAAAAUGGGUCUGGAAUCGCCCACCGCCACACCCCAUAUGCCCACUAAGCGUCGUACAGUUGCGCGUAAAGUGCGUCCACAGUCCGUCGUUGAGAAUUUGAGCUUAGGUCACAUACCCGAUCUGCUUGAAUCACCAUCCUCACAUCGCUCCUCAUCACAACUUUCGCCGCGCGAUUCAAAUGGUACAGGCGCUAGCGUUGCUGGCACCACUACUGGUAGUGGCAAUGGCAUGGAUGAUUUGGGUGGUGAUGAAUGCGGCGACUCAAUAACAGAACUGCCCAGCGCAUCGUUUCAACUGCAGCACUUGGUUAAAGGGCGUCCGAAACGUGCAAAAACGCGUGCGCCUUCACGCCCUCUGAUUGCGAUGGACAAUAGCGCCGGCCCGACCACCAAAGAGAUUGGCGAAGGUUUGGAUUUAUUCUUUCGUCCUGGUUCGGUAACACCUACCACAUUGACGCCACUCAUUUCACCCACCUCUGAAGAGUGCAGCUCACUAUCGUUCGUCGACAGUCCGACAAUGAGCCGCGAUGGCAAUGGUCAUUUAACAUCUGAGGAGACUACACCCAUAUUGGAGGAGCGUAGACCCAUCAAACUAGAUCGGCAGUCACCAUUGCUGAAGGGUGCUACCUGGAAUACACGCUCACGUUCCACAGACAAUUUGGAAAAGUAUUCACCAUUGAUUGGACGAAAAUCGCCGCUAGUGAAACUGCGCACCGAAUGUGGUACCGCUCCAAUGGUUGAAGAGACAAAUUCGGUGCUGAAAGCGCCGGAACGAGAGAAUAAAAUGCGUUCGCCCAGCAGUGAUUCCAUUCGCAGCCAUACAGGUGGCGAUGGCAUCAGCGGGAAAGCUACUAACGGUAUUAUACGCACACCAGUUAAACUGCAAAAGCCGCGUCCUUGGUCAGUGGUGGGCAGUGAACCUAAAGCGCCUGCUACAGAUUUCCAAGGCAGUGACUCGAGCAAAACGACACCAGAAAAACUUGACGAAGAUGCCGAAUCAUUACCGUUUAGCCAGAGUAGCAAUAAUAUUGGCAUUACUUCAGGAUCUGCAUUGGAGAAAAAAUCCGUGCGUGAACUUGCGGCUGGCUUGAACCGCUUAGAACUUCCGAUGAAACCACAAGUGUUACCGAGAACACUACUCACGAGCGCAUCAGCGAUAUCCAAAUCAGCUUCCACUUCGCACAUCACUACCACGAACAACAGUAGCAUAAGCAGCAGCAGCGCUAGUAGAAGCAGCAGUAACAGCACAACAACCACAACAACAACAAUGUUGCAAACGCAAAGCAUGGAAAUAACAAAUAAUAGCAGCAGAAGUAACAGCAACAGUAGCUCUAUAACAACCACUAGCGCUCCAUCGUCAAAUGCGCCUAACACAGGGCCGACAAAUGACAGUGAAAAUCACGAAGCGUUGCUCACCAAAACAAUUAUCACUGAAAAUAUCAAUGGCAGCAGCAGCAGCAGUUUCAUUACAAAUGAAAUUAUUAAUAUACGCAAUGGCACCAAAAGCAGUUCUACCACCACAUCUGCCCAUACCUCAAUGCGAGACAGCACCAAUUCAAAUACAAAUGAUAUCAACAAUAGUGAGCGAUUCAGCAGUGGCAGCAAUGCUUCGAGUAUGGGACUACCGAUUGGUGGCUUUAAACGAAUUGCAGGCAAAGAGAUUUCCACUUUAUUCGAGGAGACAUUAGUUGAAGGCCUACAACGCUCCUCGACUCGACGAUUAUUUAGAGAUAUACAAUACACUAAGGAAGAUGUUGUUGACCUGUAAGACAUAUGAAGUAAUAAACGAAGAAAAAACAAACAAUUGGAGCGAAGCAGAUGUAUCAACAACAGCAAUUCGUACUAGUAUAAUGAUUUACGGAGCAAUACAAUUGAAAAUAAUUUAAGAGUGAACAAAAAAUAAGUUAUGAAUAAAAAAAAAAAAAAAUUAAAAAAUAUAAACAUAAAAACCUAAAAAAUAUAACGAAAAUUUAAUGUUCACCUAACAUCCGUUUCACAUUGGCCGAGACCCAAGCCGAUAAUAAAGACGAAUAAUAAAGUGGCACGAAGUAUAAUGUAUGGAAAUAUAUUUGGAAAAACUCAUGAAGUCAAGAGUUUCAAAUUCUUACAAUUUUUCUUUAAUUAGUUUAUGUUUUGUGCAAUUAUUAUGCGCCUUAUUUUUAAACUAAAUCAAAAUGUAAAUUAUUAUUUUUGUAUACUAUUUUCACUACAAAAAUAUUGUGCUUAUUUUGACUCACCUUUUUUAUAUACAUUGCACUAUUUGCAAUUCGGGAGUAUUUCAAUGUAAAAUGUAUUAUUUAUAUAUUUAAAUGAGAAUUUUUUUUAACUUUGUAUUUAUAUAAAUAUAAUAUGUUGUUUCAAUGCAAACUUUAAUUUUAAUGCGAUAUGUAUGUGUUUUAUUAUUUUCUGUUGUAUACUGAAUGCUAAUGCUAAUGAUGAUGAUGAUGAUUCACAUUUCGAUAUGAAACACUAUAAUAUUUACUAUAAAUUUAAAUAUGGUAAUAAUAAAAAUAUGUGUGUAAGUGCGCGCGUUUUUUAUUAAACCAAACUUGUACGUAUUUACAUAUGCUGAUAUACAACUCUAUAGUAUAUAAAUAUGUAUGUGUAUGUAUUGAUUUUAAGUGCCAAUCAUAUUUUAUGAACAACUAAUUAACCAAUAAUAAAAUGAAUGAAUAAAACAAAAUAAAAUUAAUCAAUAACCGAUUGCUCUUUGAAAAAUAAAAAAAAGUAUAAAUAUUUCUGUAUCCAGGCAUACACUACAUGGAUACAUACCAUCUGUAGUUAAAUAAAAUAGGUGGAAAGUAAUGAAGUUUUACAAAAAUUUCGGCAAAAAUAUGUAAAUUAAAGAACCAAAUAGAAAUGAUUAUAUUUUUUAUAGCUGCUUCCA